AUGGGGACUACUACUACGACAGUGACUACAUCAAAGAGAAAGGGCCGUGUAGUUGAAGAAACGCCCACCAGAAUCAUGCCGCCCAGGAAGGCAAAAUCACAAUCUAAAUCACCGACGGAAUUCAUGUCACAGGAGUCACCACCGCGAGGAAGGAAACGCCGAAAGACAUCGGACGAGACAGCAAAGGCAAAGCAACGCCGAGCCGCACAAGGACAGGCCAGCGAAGUAGAAGCCGAGUAUGUGCCAUCUGCAAAUGAUCUGAUCAGCGACGUUCCAAGAGACGAAAAUUUUGCAAUUGACACAUUGCUUCCGGAUCUUACUACAUCGUACGUUGGUCGAUUCAAAUCGCCCGCCGCACCCGCAGGGGCGAAAAGGAAGCCAUGGCCACGACAAUCCAGUCCCAUGAUAGAUCCUGAGAAAUUGCCUCCAGGCUGGAGCAUGGCUGAACCGGAUCUUGACCAAAAUGAUGUUGACGCACAAAUUGAAAGGUGCCACGUGAGAAUCAAAGAGAAUAUCAUGCCUCACAUAUUUGUACACCGGCUAAAGGGAUUGAAAAUCUCUCAGGCCAAGCGAAUUGCAUUGACCGAAUCAGAACCUGGGAACCAUAGUUUGGAUGUCCUUAGGCGCUUGGAAAUUUUGAGGAACAUGGAAGUUGAGCUACAAAGCUCGGACAACUUCAAUCAGCUCCCUAAUGUGCGGGCAUUGCUGCAGGCCUACCGCGGGGGAAUGCUUCAUUGGAACAUAGGAUUGGUCACUUAUUGGUUUGAAGGUGUACAAUUGUGUCAGCCAAGGCCGUUCAGUUGGGAUGAAUUUGAGGUCCUCAAUACGCACCAUUCUGGUAAAACCGGAUUUUGGAUGGAAGGACUAGUUGGACCCGGGCCUACACACUCACUAGUGGCCAUUGGUUUAAAUGGAGUACCCCCUCCCGAUGGAUUCUUUGUUCGCGCUUAUGAGAUUGCCAUUCGCAUCCCUGGUACGAGGUGGUACGCAGAGCUUGAGUUCUUACACGAUACCGGGGCAUGCAUGAUGUCAAAGGCGGAUGACGAGAUGGGCCAGAGUCCAAUGUCAGCGUCAGCUCCGCGCGACAAUGACAUGUUGUGGAUUGCGAAUACCUACCCUGAAAUCAUGGCCGCUUUACCUGACACAGGUCAUGCUCGAAGCCUUCCAGCUCUGGUUCCCGCAAGAAUCGAUCUAGAUCCAGGCGGCCGGGCCUCGAUGAUGCCACGCGGACGUCCUGGGGCUAAUGUAGACCCUCCACCCGUCUUACAUGGAAAGAUGCCCCGGGCGGCACCAUAA